AGAAAGAAACGAGUGGUGGGUUGGGUCAGUGUUGUAAAAUUGAAAAACAGUCUUAAAGCAAAAUCAAAAUGUCACAAGAAUGCGAGGAGAUAAAGACGAUAGAGCAGUGGAGAUGGUCUGAAAUGCAAGGCCUUGAACUCUUUGUCUCAGCUCCUCACCCCUCCUUAGAAACCACCACCACCACCACCUCAGACCUACACAACACCACCACCUCCUCCUUUAAAGCCCCCAACGACCUUAACUCCCUCACUACUGCUACUGCUACUCCUACUACUACUACUACAAUCACUUGUACUAAUUCUACUUCUCAUCAACCAGCAGUAACAUCAACACCGAUAGUAGAAGACCCUGAUUCUCAAGUAGUUUUAAGGCAACAUACUCUAAAUUUUGUCCAGAGUGGUAUAGAGCAGGCAAGGAAGAAGAAGAUGGAUGGCUGUGACGGAAAGAAAGAUGGUGGUGAUGCAGAGAAGCCUACUUCACCACCACCCUCAUCCGGGUUCGGUGAACUUUUUAGAUUUGCGGAUGGUUUGGAUUAUGUUUUGAUGGGAAUUGGGACGCUUGGUGCCUUUGUCCAUGGCUGUUCAUUGCCUUUGUUUCUUAGAUUCUUUGCUGAUCUUGUUAAUUCUUUUGGCUCUAAUGCCAGCAAUGUUGAUAAGAUGACUCAAGAAGUCGUAAAGUAUGCAUUUUACUUUCUUGUAGUAGGAGCGGCAAUAUGGGCAUCUUCCUGGGCAGAGAUAUCAUGUUGGAUGUGGACCGGAGAGAGACAAUCCACUAAAAUGAGAAUCAAGUACCUAGAGGCUGCUCUGAAUCAAGACAUUCAAUUCUUUGAUACAGAAGUUCGGACCUCGGAUGUAGUUUAUGCCAUUAACACUGACGCCGUCAUGAUCCAAGAUGCCAUUAGUGAGAAGCUGGGAAAUUUCAUACAUUACAUGGCAACAUUUGUAUCUGGUUUUGUGGUGGGAUUUACAGCAGUUUGGCAGUUAGCUCUGGUUACUCUGGCUGUGGUUCCUCUUAUAGCUAUAAUUGGAGGGAUCCAUACCACCACAUUAGCCAAGCUUUCCGCCAAGAGUCAAGAAGCUCUUUCACAAGCGGGAAACAUUGCAGAACAGACAAUAGUUCAAAUACGGACAGUGUUGGCAUAUGUCGGCGAGUCAAGAGCAUUGCAAGCAUACUCUGCUGCUCUCAGAAUUUCUCAGAGGCUGGGUUACAAGAGUGGGUUUGCAAAGGGAAUGGGCUUGGGAGCUACAUACUUCACAGUUUUCUGCUGUUAUGCUCUUCUUCUCUGGUACGGAGGUUACUUGAUUAGGCAUCACUUUACCAACGGAGGGCUUGCAAUAGCCACAAUGUUUGCUGUUAUGAUAGGUGGACUGGCAUUGGGACAAUCUGCACCUAGCAUGGCUGCAUUUGCAAAGGCCAGAGUUGCUGCUGCUAAGAUUUUCCGAAUAAUCGAUCAGAAGCCGAGUGUUGACAGAAACAACGAUCGGGGUUUGGAGUUAGAAUCUGUUACAGGCCAAGUGGAGCUAAAAAAUGUCGAUUUCUGCUAUCCUUCAAGGCCUGACGUUCAGAUACUCAAUGGUUUCUCCCUCACUGUUCCGGCCGGAAAGACCAUAGCAUUGGUGGGAAGCAGUGGCUCUGGCAAAAGUACUGUGGUCUCUCUCAUUGAGAGAUUUUAUGAUCCCAAUUCCGGACAAGUUCUUCUAGAUGGGCAUGACAUAAAGACAUUAAAGCUUAGAUGGUUGAGGCAGCAGAUCGGACUGGUGAGUCAGGAGCCUGCACUGUUUGCCACUUCCAUCAAAGAAAACAUACUGUUGGGUAGGCCUGAGGCUAGUGUGGUUGAGAUUGAAGAAGCUGCCAGAGUUGCCAAUGCGCAUUCAUUCGUCGUGAAGCUUCCUGACGGCUAUGAUACUCAGGUAGGGGAGAGGGGAUUGCAACUAUCAGGAGGACAGAAGCAGAGAAUUGCUAUAGCAAGGGCAAUGCUUAAGAAUCCAGCAAUUUUGCUUUUGGAUGAGGCAACCAGUGCUCUGGAUUCCGAAUCUGAAAAGCUGGUUCAAGAGGCACUAGAUAGAUUCAUGAUUGGAAGGACAACACUUGUAAUUGCUCAUCGCCUCUCCACCAUCCGCAAAGCUGAUCUUGUCGUCGUGCUUCAGCAAGGCAGUGUGUCCGAAAUCGGAACACAUGAUGAGCUCAUUUCUAAGGGAGAAAAUGGUGUCUACGCCAAGCUCAUCAGAAUGCAGGAAGCGGCUCAUGAAGCAGCUAUCAACAGUGCAAGAAAAAGUAGUGCAAGGCCAUCUAGUGCAAGAAACUCUGUGAGCUCACCGAUUAUAGCCAGAAACUCCUCUUAUGGACGAUCCCCAUACUCGCGCCGGCUAUCAGACUUCUCUACUUCUGACUUUAGCCUCUCCCUUGAUGCUUCUUAUCCCAAUUAUCGUCUUGAAAAGCUACCAUUUAAAGAGCAAGCAAGUUCCUUCUGGCGUCUCGCAAAGAUGAAUUCUCCCGAGUGGCCUUAUGCUCUAGUUGGUUCAAUCGGCUCUGUAAUUUGUGGAUCUCUUAGUGCAUUCUUUGCGUAUGUCUUGAGUGCAGUUCUAAGUGUCUACUACAAUCCAAACCAUGCUCUCAUGAUCAGAGAAAUUGCAAAAUACUGCUAUCUUUUAAUUGGUCUCUCAUCUGCUGCACUUAUCUUCAACACACUGCAGCAUUUCUUCUGGGAUGUUGUGGGGGAGAACUUAACAAAGCGAGUUAGAGAAAAAAUGCUGGCUGCUGUUCUGAAAAAUGAAAUGGCUUGGUUCGACCAAGAAGAGAAUGAAAGUUCUAGAGUUGCAGCGAGGUUGGCUUUAGAUGCCAACAAUGUUAGGUCAGCCAUUGGAGACAGGAUUUCAGUGAUCAUGCAAAACUCAGCUCUUAUGCUCGUUGCUUGUACUGCUGGAUUCGUAUUGCAAUGGCGCCUGGCCCUAGUUCUCGUUGCUGUCUUUCCUGUGGUUGUUGCAGCGACAGUAUUGCAGAAAAUGUUCAUGAAAGGAUUCUCAGGGGACCUAGAAGCAGCACAUGCCAAAGGUACACAACUAGCUGGGGAAGCUGUGGCUAAUCUAAGAACCGUUGCUGCCUUCAAUUCUGAGUCGAAAAUUGUGAGCCUCUUUACCUCCAACCUUGAAACUCCACUGAAGCGCUGCUUCUGGAAGGGACAAAUUGCUGGAAGCGGAUAUGGGAUUGCUCAGUUCUCGCUCUAUGCUUCCUAUGCCCUUGGUCUUUGGUAUGCCUCCUGGCUUGUCAAGCACGGGAUCUCCGACUUCUCAAAGACCAUCCGUGUAUUCAUGGUCCUCAUGGUCUCAGCCAAUGGCGCCGCUGAAACUCUAACUCUAGCCCCUGACUUCAUCAAAGGUGGUCGAGCAAUGCGUUCAGUGUUUGAUCUCCUAGAUCGGAAAACAGAAAUUGAGCCUGAUGAUCCUGAAGCUACCCUAGUACCUGACAGACUUCGUGGGGAAGUAGAAUUCAAGCAUGUGGAUUUCUCUUAUCCUUCUAGGCCAGAUAUAGCAAUCUUCCGUGAUUUAAAUCUCCGAGCUCGAGCUGGCAAGACUCUUGCUCUUGUAGGGCCAAGUGGUUGUGGAAAGAGCUCUGUCAUUGCUCUUACAGAACGAUUCUAUGAGCCGUCUUCUGGGCGUAUUAUGAUCGACGGAAAAGACAUACGCAAGUAUAAUCUCAAGUCAUUUAGACGCCACAUUGCAUUGGUGCCACAAGAACCAUGUCUCUUUGCCACCACCAUAUAUGAAAAUAUUGCGUAUGGACACGAGUCAGCAACUGAAGCUGAGAUAACUGAAGCAGCAACAUUGGCAAAUGCACACAAGUUCAUAGCAUCGUUGCCCGACGGCGAUAAAACGUUUGUGGGAGAGAGGGGAGUUCAAUUGUCAGGAGGACAAAAACAGAGGAUUGCCAUUGCUCGAGCAUUUUUGAGGAAGGCAGACAUAAUGCUGCUGGAUGAAGCCACAAGCGCUCUAGAUGCAGAAUCAGAAAGGUGCGUGCAAGAAGCCCUGGAGCGUGUUUGCUCUGGAAAAACCACAAUUGUAGUGGCACACAGACUAUCAACGAUCAGAAAUGCGCAUGUCAUUGCCGUCGUAGACGAUGGGAAGGUAGCGGAACAAGGUUCUCAUUCCCAUCUGCAGAAGAACUACCCUGAGGGGAUUUACGCCCGUAUGAUUCAUUUACAAAGAUUUUCGCACGGACAAGCAAUUAACAUUGCAUCUGGCUCAAGUUCCUCUGCACGUCAUAAGGAAGACCAAGAUGGACAAUGAGGGAAAAGGCUUUGACCCCUAGAAAGUCCAUUAAAAAGAAAUUACAGGAAAAGGAAAAUAGAGAAAGGAAAAGAAAAUGGCACUGGAAACAAGAAAGGAAUUACUCCUCAUACCCACCGUGGUGAUUUUUUUUGGGUUUUUGUCCAGUUUUUGUUUCUGUUUUGGUAUAGGCCAUAGCAUGUGUAUCUCCUUAUUCUAGCCUUAUAUAUAGUGGUAUAAUCUUGAUAUUGGUCCGUGAGGUAA